CCCGCUCCGUCCACUCCCCCUCGGAGUUGCUCCGGCGGCGGCUGCUGCUGCUCCUCCUCCUCGUCGUUGUCGUCGUCUUCUUCUGACCCCACCGGCCGCGACAUCGCUCCGGCUAUGGCGGGCGAAUGUGGCAACGGCGGCGGCGGCGGCGGCUGGUUGGCGCUCUUCUGCGGCUGGGCUGCAGCGGCCGCCGUGGUGGGCGCGCUCCGAGACGGCGCGUCGUCCGGCGCGGGAGAUCCGGAGCCCGGGGACCCCUCGGGGCCCUGCCCGCCUUGCCCGAGAGUCCUAGGCUUCCGCUUGGAGGACGGCGCCUCAGCUACAGGGGGCCUGGUGCGGGCCCUCCCGGGGGCCACUUUCCGCCUGCGCCUCUAUGGCACCGGGCUGCACAACCAAAGCUGGCCCUGGGCUGCCUUUGUGCCGGAGGAGGCCCCCUGUGCGGGGACCCCGGGGGACCCAUCCUCCUUUUCCACCUUGGGGGCCCCACAAGUGCUGGCCCACCAUGUCCUGCCUGCCAGCGAGCACGCAGGGCUGGUGACGGUGCGUGUGGCCCCCGGGGGCCCCAUUGGACGGUACCGUCUCUGCAGCCCGGCGGGACCCGGUCGCCCGUGGACGCCUGCCGCUCCCGGAGAUGCCAUCCUGGUGACGGAAGAUGAAGGCGGAGGGUCCAGGGUAGCGGCAGAAGCGUGGCCCCCGCCGAUGCCCGCCUGGUUGCUGGGCACCCUGGUGGCCCUCCUGCUGGCCCUUCUGUCCCUGCUGCGCGCCUUGCAGCUCAGCACUCUGUGGCUGGACCCGGCCGAGCUCUACGUGUUGCGGGACUGCGGCUCCGAGACCGAGAGGGGAGCCUCCAAGGCGCUGGAGCCCGUGCGGCACCGGGGCCCUUUCGUCCUGUGUUCCCUACUGCUCGUCAGCUCCUUGGCUCAAGCCGCCUUGGCCGUGCUCUUCUACCGGGCCGUGGGGUCGCUGGCCCCGGCCAUCCUCGGGGUGGCCGCCUUGUCCUUCCUGCUGGCUGAGGUGCUGCCGUUUGCCAUCAGUUCCCGCUGGGGUCUCUGGCUGGCCCCGCGUGGGCUGUGGCUGACCCAGUUCUUCAUGCUGCUGACGUUCCCCAUCUCGCUGCCGCUGAGUCGGGUGCUGGAGCUGGCGUUACGGCAUGACAACAGCACCUACCUCUUGCGGGAGAAGAUCCUGGACAUGGUCCGCAACAGCGACCCUUACAACGAGUUUGUGCGGGAGGAGUUCAGCAAGGGGGCCCUGCGGAACAAGACGGUGGAGGACGUCCUGACCCCGCUGGACGAGUGCUUCAUGUUGAACGCCGACGCCGUGCUGGACUUCAACAACAUGUCCAUGAUCAUGCAGAGUGGUUACACCCGCAUCCCAGUGUACGAGGACGAGCGGACCAACUUGGUGGACAUGCUGUACGUCAAGGACUUGGCUUUGGUGGACCCCGAUGACUGCACCCCUCUGAGCACCAUCAUCAAGUUCUACAACCACCCGCUUCACUUUGUCUUCAACGACACCAAACUGGAUGCUGUGCUGGAGGAGUUCAAGAGAGGGAAAUCCCACAUGGCUAUUGUGCAGAAGGUGAACAACGAAGGGGAAGGGGACCCGUUCUACGAAGUCAUGGGGCUGGUGACCCUGGAAGACGUCAUUGAAGAGAUCAUCAAGUCGGAGAUCAUGGAUGAGUCAGACGACUACAGGGAGAACCGGUUGAAGAAGAAGCCGCCUCCGCUUGGGACACUGAUGGACCGCCGGAAAGAAGAUUUCUCCUUGUUCAAAGUUUCUGACAACGAGUACAAGGUGAAAAUCUCCCCUCAGCUACUCCUAGCUACCCAGCGCUUCUUAUCUAGAGAGGUGGAUCUCUUCAGCCCAGGCCGAAUCUCGGAGAAGGUCCUGUUGCAUCUGCUGCAGCAUCCCAGCGUCAACCAAGAAGUGAAGUUUGACGACUGCAAUCGCUUGGCCCCAGAACAUUACUUGUAUCAGCGCAACCAACCGGUCAAUUACUUUGUGCUCAUCCUGCAGGGCAGGGUGGAAGUCGAGAUUGGGAAGGAAGGACUGAAGUUUGAAAAUGGCGCCUUCACCUAUUACGGUGUCUCGGCACUUACCGCUCCUUCUUCAGUCCAUCAGUCCCCGGUGUCGACUCUAAGGAUGAAUCGUCGUGAACAGUCGGUUGACUGCACAGAGCCCACCAAUUAUUCCGCGUAUUGCCCUGACUACACCGUUCGAGCCCUCACCGAUCUGCAGUUCAUCAAGGUCACCCGUCUGCAGUAUCUCAACGCUCUCAUGGCCUCGAGGAUACAGAACUCGCCCCAAUCCCCCGAGGCUGUGGAUCUGAAAAUCAUCCCCAGCAGCCAGACCAAGCUCCUGAACGACAAAAAUGCGGCAACAGGGGUUGUGCCCAUUACAUUUCAUGGCUACUCCUUUCCUCCACGUUCCAGGGAAAAGCCGAAGCAAGUUCAAUCUCCAGGAAGAGACCAGCCAGAGCACGGGGGUUUGACUUCAAACACGUGGCGUUAGGGCUGCAGGGCGGGGCGAGCCCAGGAGGACCCCUCCCUUAAAACCUUCAGCACUUCUCCUGGCUACCGCCCUGGUUUUAGACGGACUUCUGCGUUGGGCACCUGCGUUUCCAAAAGACAGUAGGAGCCCGGCCUUCUCGGGGGAGAGAGGGGGCCUGGCUGGAUCCAACGCCAGCGGCUUCUGUCGCCCCGACUGGGCUACUACGCCUAAGACAUUUAUAAGCAGUGCUUGACUGCGGAGGGUUGGUGGACCUGGGCGAAAUGUGUUCGUGGCGGAGAGCGGCGGCCAGCAAAUACAGACUCGACUCUUUUUGACAUUUGUGGUGCCAACGGGGAGGCGGCUGCCAGGCCCUUCCUACUCAUUGCCUUCUAACCGUGUCACCCGGCCUCUCUCUUGUGUUUCCACUUCCCCGUUGUGCUAAUCUCGCCAGGGCCCCAGAUAUACGCACCUCCCUUAAAAGCACUUGCCGGACUCUGCCGGAUUUUUGCGGCAACGGCCUCGGUGUUCAUUUGUGCCAGCUGUCCUUGCCCGCUUGGAUCUCGGCUCUGGGACCGACCCUACGAGCCUGCCAUCUUGCCGGGGUUCUGAUAGCCUGGCCUGCCUUGCUGAUCUGGGUUGCAAGCCAUGACUCUUGUGAGUCCCCCAAGCUCGCCCGAGUGCCUGUACCAGGCCUAGCAGCCCCCGCCCACAGUCCCGGUCCUUUACUUACCCCUGCCGAAACAGUGCCAAAGAAGCUCUGGGAAUCCUGCACCUCUCUUCUGCCUGCUGGCAUCAGGCUUGCCAGUUUCCUGUUUGCCCUGGAUCAGCUGUCCUCGACCAGACGGGAUUUCUGCCAAGGGACUCAUGCUACAGAGGAGGGGCAGGCGGCUACUUGCCCCCCCUCCCACUCUCCAACCUGUUCUCCCUUCCAUGGUGUCUGUCCUUGAAAAGUCGAACGUCAGAAUGCUGAGUCCUCCCCACUUUUUCUGGGGCUGCCCCUUUUGCCCUCUUGGGAAGGGCACCGCGUCUCUGGCUUUCCCUGGAUUAUCUUCGGUCUUGGAUUUCCAUUUCCAAGCUCUCGCUGGCGAUCCCACGUUUCCCUUGGGCGAGAGAAACCCUCCACUCCGGCUUUGGCAGAGAGACAUUUACCACCUCGUUGCUCUACACAGUAUUUCCCCUCUGGGACGCGCCCGUCCCUAAAUCUUAUUUUUUAAAAGUCAAUAAAAGAAUUCUGAGGGAUUCAGGAAGAAGAGAAUCCCGUUCCCUUUC